AUGACAGACUUUGGAUCCCAGGGACGUACACGGCCACAUAAUGUGUGUGAUUUGCAGAAUUGCCGCUCUCACCAGUCAAUCUACACCUGCCUGUCCAGAGGAUCCACAUAUAAUGGGACCAUUAUUGUGCAGCCAUUUGACCCAAGAAAGCUGACCGGAGGAAUAUCUGGAAGUCUGCGUCAGGCGUUCAGAGAGCUUGAGUUGCUGGAUGAAAUCACCAAGCUGCGCUACCUGGGCAAGAUCUCACCCAAAGUGACAGGCAUCACACACAAUGAACUCAUCCAUUCAUUCAGAAAGUGGAAGGGAGAGCAGUUCAUGCCAAAGACAAUGCACAGGGCCUUAACAUGGAAUAUUGGUGAUCCAUUCCCAAUUGAAGACAUACAGGCAGAUGCUCCAUGGCAGAUGGUCGAGAAGGCAAAGCCUAAAGACAAGAAGCAGCCCAAGUCAGAUGUACCUGAUCAGCCAAAGAAGACAGCUGGAUAUGUUGCAGCCAAGGGCACACAAGCAUUGUCAGUUGUGAGCAAUACAGUGGACAAGAAGUCAGUGAAGCGUAAGCGAGAGGAUGACUGUGAUGCAGUGGGUGCCAAGAAACCUCGUGGUGAACAGGUGCAUGCUGAGGUCAAUUUCAUUGGGUUCAAGUGGGACAAUGCCAACUACAGCUGUGCUUAUGACAGUCUUCUGACUAUUUUGUUGUCCGUCUACACUGAGUGUACACAGCAGUGGCAGGCAAUGGUACCUGAGCAGAAU